GACGAGCCCGAUCAGCUGCGAGGGAUACCUUUACGUCCAGGAAAAACGACCGCCCCCUUUCGGUUCAAGUUGGGUAAAACGCUACUGCACGUUUGUCAAGGAGCAGAAGAUCCUGCAUAUGGUGACUUUCGACCACAGAUCUGGCGGAAGGAGUGGUGAGACGGAGUCGGUCACGCUCAAGUCCUGCGUCCGCAAAACGACGGACAUGUUGGACAGGAGGUUCUGCCUGGAGCUCGACAUUACAGAUCGGCCAGGCACAGCCCUCACAGUGCAGGCUCUGUCGGAGGGUGACCACAAAUUCUGGAUGCUGGCCAUGGGUGGGAAGGAACCUAUCGGCCGCUAUCUCGGGAGGACAUAUUCAAAAGAAAGAGGAAUCGACGCUCAGCUGGAUGACGUGGGGCUGACUUUUGUGAAGAACUCCAUCAGCGCCAUCGAGACACGAGGAAUAAACGACCAAGGCUUGUACAGAGUCGUUGGCGUCAGCUCCAAGGUGCAAAAGCUCCUCUCCUUAAUGAUUGGUAAGUUGUUGUCAAAUCAAGUCCCACACUUUUGAGGAUAGAAAAAAUGU